UAGGCACCGUGUGGGACAGAUGCCGGCGCGAUAAGGCGCGGCCAAGGCGACGGACCUUUGGGGGUGGCUUGGAGUGCAUGGAGAGUUUGCGCGUCACCUCCUGGUGGGAGGGCGGGGGCGCAGAGCGCGAGAGGGUGGUCGACAUGGGUGGCGGGCGAGCGGGAGGCGGUGGGGUGCAGUGAUGACGGGUCGGGCGUCACAACGAACAGCAGCAGUACCGUUGCCAGGCCCGUCGGGCGUCACCGUCCCCGCCCCGGUCAUCACGGCGCGCCCCCGCCACGGCCGGCGGAGUUGGCGGAGUCCCAACCCGGUGGCUGCACGACGUCACUCGCGGCGGGUGGCUGCCCGGCGACGCGCGGAUCGGGAACGCCGGGGCGCAUCAGCCCGCCGAUUCGCGCUCAGCGGACGCGAGAUUCGGUGUCGCCCGUGCGAUGCGCAGGGACGCGCCGGGGAUCGAGCGCGGAAGAUUGUGUGCCCAGGAAAUCUCGAAUAUAUUAUCGACGCCAUCUCGACGCCACUCGCCCGCUCCCCGCGAAUCCCGCACACUGUGUACGCGGCCCAUCUAAGCGGCCAGCGUUUCCCGCAGCAGCAUAAAGAGUGCUCGUUUGCCCAGCGCGCGCGUCGUCCUCCGUCUCCCCAGCCAGGCAGAGCCAGGCUCUGCGAUCUGCACCGAUGGACGCCCCAUCGUCCCCAUCUUCUGCGCUCGUCACGACAUAUCGGGCCAUCCCCGAGUCCACUCGCAGCUGAUUUCCAUCUCGCCCCAAAGCGACGACCUCCACCUUGAUCCCACACCCCACGCACCGCCAUCUGCCCACCAUGUCCGUCUCCGAAGCCAAGUUCAACAAAGCUGUCCAGAUCAUCCAGGGUCUGCCCAAGGACGGGCCCGUGAAGCCGACCCAGGACGACCAGCUGUUCGUGAGUGGUCGCCAUCGUCUCACCCCGGCGCCCGCUGUCGUGCUCACGAUGGAUCCGUGAUGGCGGCAGUUCUACAAGUACUACAAGCAAGCCACGGUGGGCGACGUGAACACGUCCAGGCCGGGCAUGCUUGAUUUUGUAGGCAAGGCGAAAUGGU